AUGACAUCAAUGGUAGAGCGCGAGGCGAUGGCUAGUAGCUGCCUAAAGCUGAAGGUCUGGAGUAGUCCUGGAGUCAGCCAUUCUUUCUACUUGAAGGCUUGCGAAGUGAACGACCGAAACGGUUUAAGCAGAUUUUUCAUUACGGAAAUGAGCAAGAUUGGAAAUUACAGCCUCUUAUUUUUCUGCACAUUGAUCGUUCUUCUUGGCAGCUCACUAAGCUCUAUGACAUCUGAAGAGUUAAAUGGAGAGUCUGAUGAAGAUAAUCUCUUUGAAUAUCCGAGUGAUCUGCAGGCUCUAGCGAAACGGCGUGCCUUUUUCUCGCAGCGCUUGGGGAAAAGAGGCCGAGAUACCAGUUUCGAUCGCAGU